AUGGGCAUCUUGAAGCUCAAGGUAUAUGGGGUCGAUCAUAAAUUACUAUGAACUGUAUUUUUUAUUCUUCAGGCUCUGCUAUUUUCAUGCAUUAUAGGUACUUUAGGAACCCAGCAAUGGGUUGAAACGAAAACAACAUACUCUUUCGAAGGCUCACUUGUAGCAGUUACAGAUAGUGAAAUCUAUUGCAUUAAAGAAUCUUCAUAUACUGAUCUAAAGGAUGAUAUUUGUGAUGACAAUUCUGAAUGCACUGAUACUAAUAAUGUUUUAUGCGAUUUUAUUACUGACUUAAAUAGUGGGGCAGCAGUUUAUAUUUUAUUUGAAGUUAUUUCGCUUAUCUGUAUAGUUGUGUGAGCUAUAAUAUUGGUAUGCUUUAUUUUUAGCGUUAAUUGCUUUUGGCUAUCAUUUUGCUGCUCAUCAAGCGCCUGCUUACUUCAUUACAUUGCUUUCUUAUCUUGGGUAGGUCUUACAAGUGCAAGAUUUAAUGGAAAAUGUAAAAAUAGUGAUCAAAGUGAGAAUGAGAUAGUUAUAUGUGCAAGUGAUGGGCCAAAUUUAUCUUUAUUCUUGAUGAUAAUUUUUCCGAUUAUUUUGAUAGCCUUUAUAAUUGUAGGUAGAGGAGCAAUUUAUGCAAGAAGAUUAGAAGCAAUCGGAAUUCCAGCAGUUGAAACAACUCAGAUAGUUCACAUAAGUAGCCCAAUCCAAGCUCAGCAAGGGUUUACUCCUUAUAACCCUCAAGUAGCAUACCCAGCAGGACAGCCAAUUUAUCCUCAACCAUACCAAUAUCCACCUCCUGGACCGCAAAGUUAUUCAGCUUAUCCUAAUGGACCUCCAGCAAUUGGUCAACCUCAAUAUUAUAAUUCACAGCCUCAAGGCUAUUCAUAUCCUAUUACUAAGCAAUAA